GCGGUCACCGGCGGGAAGAGCUGCCCUGCUGAAGCCACUCUGAAACAGGUCUGUAGUUACCAUGAUGUGGUUGAGUAUCUAAACAUCACUUCUAAUAAAGAACUCCUCUUAUACACCAUGCCUAAGAAGAACUGGAAAACCCCCUUUGAAGUGGGCCUAGACUUCACCUUGGUUUCCAUCCUUUCAGUGAAAGAAAAAUUGCAGGUGGUCACAUUCUAUUUCUGGCUUUAUGUGAUCUGGACAAAUGAGUUCCUCUCCUGGAAUCCUUUGGACCUCUGUAACAUUUCCAGUAUCGCUCUUCCAGCAAAACUUCUUUGGGUCCCUGAUAUUUUCAUUGAUGAACGAGCCGAUGAUGACAAGUACACACCCAGUCCUUUUAUUAACAUCUUAUCUACGGGUCGCAUUUAUUUCUUACAAUCGUAUCGACUUACUUCCUCCUGCAACCUAGAUGUCCAUGCAUUUCCUUUUGACCAACAAAAAUGCAACUUAACAGUGACAGCUUCAGUAUAUCAAGCGGUGGCAGCAAGGACGCUGAGGAGGCCUCUGGUGCUGGUCCUCCCCACCUCGGCCUCCUCGCCGCCGCUACAGCCAGGGGAAAGAUCAGGGCUGCUGCUGGGACCUCCAGGAGCAGCACCCGGCCUUUUCCCCGGCAAUGGUGGGGAGAGGAGGAGGACCAACGCCUGA